GUCUCGUUGCUAUGGCAUCCGUAAACUAUUCACCAAAUUCGAAAACCAUUCACUACACACUCCCCAACUGUGUUCCUAUAAACUGCGCGGGCUUUGCCCGUCCACGGCAUCUUCCAAAAUCUCGAACCGAACUUGAACGUCUCCCACUGCCACCACAUUACCUGAUAAUACAAUCUCACCACGUCUGCCCCCAACAUAUUUGACUCUUGUUUCUAUCUAUAGUAGAAUGGCCGAUCAAGGCUUUGCGAAUCGGAUGCGGCAACUUGUUGGGUUAGGCGGACCCACGAAGGGCAGGCCCCCAAAGAUCCUCAAAAUCGCCGGACCCGCGUCCAAUCUACGCCAGCGCGUUACCAAGCCCAACGUUCGAGCUCAAGGACCGUCUAAGGACCUCCUCAAGCAAGCGCUCCUCAACCAUACCCAAAACGGAACAAUCGCUGCUCUCGCGACUCUCAACCGGAACCCGCCUCAGCAAGAUGUCGCGUCCGCUUCGAAAUACCUCGAUGAUGCCAAUUCCUCUGACGAGGAAGAUGUCGAGAAAUUGCAACUUGUCGAGCAAAGCGCCCGCCGAAUUUCCACCCCUAGGACCUUCACCCGAACCUCCCUCGACUACCACCCGCACCUCCACCUCGGCAGCUUCGAAAUCGGCAAAGCCCUCGGCCGCGGCAAAUUCGGCCGCGUCUACCUCGCGCGCCAUCGCGACUCCUCCUUCAUCUGUGCGCUCAAGGUCCUCACCAAAGCGCAGAUCGCGCGCGAAGGCGACGAGAACCUCGUCCGCCGCGAGAUCGAGAUCCACUCCAACCUCUCGCACCCGGGCAUCCUGAAGUUCUACACCUGGUUCUACGACGCCACGCGCGUGUUCCUAGUCCUCGAGUACGCGGCGGGCGGCGAGUUGUACGGGAAGCUGCAGAAGCAGGGCAAGUUCAGCGAGCACGUCGCUGCGGUGUAUGUGGCGCAGGUUGCGGAUGCGCUGGCGUAUAUGCACAAGAAGAACGUGAUGCAUCGCGAUAUCAAGCCGGAGAAUAUCUUGCUGGGGUUUCAUGGGGAAAUCAAGCUGGCGGAUUUUGGGUAUAGCGUGCAUUCGGCUUCGAAUCUGAGGAGUUCGCUGUGCGGGACUAUUGAUUAUAUCCCGCCGGAGAUUGCGAGGCAGCUGAGGAAGGUUAGAAGGGGGGAGGAGGAGUUCUAUAAUCGAAAUGUGGAUCUGUGGGCGUUAGGCGUGUUGGCGUAUGAGUUGAUGACGGGCAAGCCGCCGUUUGAGAUGCCGUCGGCGGAGCUGACGCAGAAGAAGAUUCUGACGGGGAGGGUGCAGAGGACUGGGGUUGAGAUGUCGAAGGAGGCGAAGUCGUUUAUUAGGGCACUUCUCGUCUUGAAUCCAGACAAGCGGCUGCCGCUCGAUGAGGUCCUGGAGCAUCCAUGGAUCGUGUUGCACUGCGGUCGGGUUAGGAGCUCUAGAGGCAUUUUCGGGUAUUGAGAAGGCGUGUCGACUUCCAAGGCUGGCUUGAUGCCAUGCAAGCUAUUACUAUUACCGAUAGAGUCUAUCAUGUCAUUGGGCGUUUGUGUAGUGAGUAUGAAAAUGCUCCUUAGCAGACAAAGAAGGAGCGUUAGCUCACUCCUCCCAAGAGGCGUUGUUUAUAAGGUCCGUCUUGUAUAAACAUGCUAACGACGCCUGUACGACUUCAAUAUCAAAGCUAAUCUACAUUUUUGAGUUUUGAAUUAUGGACAGUGCCAUAUGCGCAUAAGAAGCAAAUGUCUCUUUAUCUGCAACCCGUGACUACGAAG